UUAAAAAAAACUUGAAACAAAAAUUUAAUCGAGUCUAAGCGUUCUCAUAAUCUUCCAAGAUGGCGCCCGUAACUGGUGAUCUUAUGGACUUAAGCGAUAUUGAAGCCAGCAAAGAACAUAAUCACGCUGUUGUUAGGGACUAUAUCUCCCAACCUAGAUUAGUAUACAAAACUGUGUCUGGUGUAAAUGGACCAUUGGUAAUCUUGGAUCAAGUUAAGUUUCCUAAAUUUGCUGAAAUUGUAACGUUAACAUUACCCGAUGGAACACGUCGUAGUGGACAAGUUUUAGAAGUCAGUGGUUCAAAAGCUGUUGUACAGGUUUUUGAAGGGACCAGUGGUAUUGAUGCCAAAAACACAACAUGUGAAUUUACUGGUGAUAUUUUGAGAACUCCCAUAUCUUCUGAUAUGUUAGGAAGAGUUUUCAACGGGUCUGGAAAAGCCAUUGAUAAUGGUCCUCCAAUUCUUGCAGAAGAUUACUUAGAUAUUAUGGGUCAACCCAUAAACCCAUGGUCGCGUAUUUAUCCAGAAGAAAUGAUACAGACUGGUAUAUCUGCCAUUGACACAAUGAACAGUAUUGCCAGGGGACAGAAAAUUCCUAUCUUUUCAGCUUCUGGUCUGCCACAUAAUGAGAUUGCUGCACAGAUUUGUCGACAGGCUGGUCUUGUAAAACACUCCAAAGACACAAUGGAUUAUUCUGAUGAUAAUUUUGCUAUCGUUUUUGCUGCUAUGGGCGUCAACAGAGAAACUGCUCGCUUUUUUGAACAAGAUUUCAAGGAAAAUGGCUCUAUGGAGAAUGUGUGCCUUUUCCUUAACUUAGCCAAUGAUCCUACAAUUGAACGUAUCAUUACUCCUCGAUUGGCUUUGACAGCUGCAGAAUAUUUGGCGUACCAGUGUGAAAAACAUGUCUUGGUUAUUCUCACAGACAUGAGUUCUUAUGCUGAAGCUUUGAGAGAGGUAUCUGCUGCAAGAGAAGAGGUGCCCGGUCGUCGUGGCUUUCCAGGUUACAUGUACACUGAUUUAGCGACCAUUUAUGAAAGAGCUGGUCGUGUGGAAGGAAGGAAUGGUUCCAUCACACAAAUUCCUAUAUUGACUAUGCCUAACGAUGAUAUUACCCAUCCAAUUCCUGAUUUAACUGGAUACAUCACGGAGGGACAAAUUUACGUUGACCGACAAUUACACAACAGACAGAUUUACCCGCCGAUUAACGUACUACCAUCCUUAUCACGUCUCAUGAAGUCUGCUAUCGGUGAAGGAAUGACAAGAAAAGAUCAUGCAGAUGUAUCUAACCAACUUUACGCUAACUAUGCCAUUGGUAAAGACGUACAAGCUAUGAAAGCUGUGGUGGGAGAAGAAGCUCUCACACCGGACGAUCUUCUCUAUUUGGAAUUUUUGCAGAAAUUCGAGAAGAACUUCAUUGCCCAAGGAAACUACGAAAACCGAACUGUGUUUGAAUCCUUGGAUAUUGGAUGGAGGCUAUUGCGAAUCUUCCCGAAGGAAAUGUUAAAACGUAUUCCAGCAAAAACCCUUGCUGAGUUUUAUCCCCGAGAUGGUCGAAAAGAUAACGCGGGCAAAUAAACAUGCACCGGGGGAAAUAAACGUGCACCGGAAUGUUGUUUAGGUGAAUUCAAAAAAUAAAAUAACACUGAAAUUUUAAGUCUUUAAAUUAUUUGUUUUUAUAUGGUUUUUUGUUCACUCGACUGACUGCAAAUCUUUUGUUACAGUUUUUUAUUUCAGUGAUAAAAUGUGGAGGAAAACUCUUUGAGCUAUUUUUGUUCAACAUCUGACACUGGACAAACAACUUGUUUGUUGAUUUAAAAAUAAAGUUAUGUAUCGUUAUUUCUGAUGAGUAACUGUAUUUUUCAUUGUUAUUAUGGAAGAUUAAAUUAUAUAAAUUCAAUUUUUAUACAAAUAAAACAGCAUUUACAUUAUUAA